AUGAUGAUUGAACAGCGCGCCUCCGCGCAUCAUCAGGAGACGACGACGCAGAACUCUCUCUCGGAGACGCAAUCGAACAACGAGAACAAUAAUCCCAUAUCUUCGGAUUUUCUUUCGUCGCCGAUUAAGAAGCGGCCGAUUUAUAACAGUGCGACGAAUGGAAUGGUUGUUGCGUCCAAUGCAGAGGCCACGCCGACGGGUGCCACGUUGCAAAAACAUCCGAACCAAACGACGACGACGGCUGUGAUGACGAACGGGGACGACGCGCGCGCGGUGCAACCAUCGUCGUCGGAAACGGCAAAACAACAACAACAACAAAUACAACAACAGCAAAUGCAAAAGAUAUGUUCUCGAUGCGCGUGCCUCGCCUCGUGCGCGUGGCACAAAUCCAAAACAACACCGAACGCCUCCUUGUGCGAGACGUGUUACCGCGUGGAAGCGUUAGAGUUGGUCGAUAAAAAAUGCCACUCGUGCGAAACGACGAAAACGAGUCGGCAGUGGUACAAGUCGAAAAUCACCGUCGGCGACUUGUGCAAGAGGUGCUAUCGAAUCGAACUGGUCGCGUUGCAACACAAGACGUGCAUCGCGUGCUCGAGCAAAACGACCAGUGGACACUGGUAUAAGAGUAAACUCUUACCGGACGGGGAUUUGUGUAAUAAUUGUUACGGGAAGGAAUACAAACUUAUGAAGAAGAAAAUGGCGGAGAUGAAAGCGUUGGAGGAGCUCGCCAAAAAGAAGGAACAGGAAGAGAAGGGUGGUUGA